AUGGAUCGAUUGUCCACCUGGACAACGAACUGUAAAAACAACCGAAAAUCGCGGCAGGUCUUCCACAAUGUUGCUCCACCAAAGGACACAACCUUGGUUUUGACUAAUGUAAUGGAAAGCGAAAAACAAACUACUGAGAGAGAGACACCGCCUCAGCACUGGAGAAGUUGCAAGUUGAUUAUUGACCCUGCAUUGACAAAAGGACUGUACAAAGUGUACCGCUAUGAUGGACACCUGUUCAACAUCCCCGUUGAGGAUUUAGGCCUGUUCCCUGUGGAGACAGUCAGAGAUCCCCGUGUCUGCCGCCUGUGGAGCAGAUGCAACAAGACUGACCUUUUGAUUUCUAAAUUUAAGGUUGAUGAAUGGUAUGUUGGGCCCGUUCCUCCCAAAGAAGUAACAAUCUCCAGGUUGAAUGACAACGUGAGGGAGACGUUCUUGACUGAUAUGUGCAAUAAAUAUGGUAACAUUGAAGAAGUGGAAAUAUUGUACAAUCCUAAGAGCAAGAAGCAUUUAGGGAUUGCAAAGGUCGUCUUCGACACAGUGAAGGCCGCAAAUGACGCUGUGCAGCACCUCCAUCAGACGUCAGUGAUGGGAAACGUUAUUCAUGUGGAAAUUGAUCCUAAAGGUGAAAACAGGGCGCGAUAUCUCCAGCUGCUCUUACGUGGCCUUUAUACUCCUUGGACGCUGCCAGUGGGCAGCAAUGAGCCAGCUAUUCAAAGCUUAAUCGACAGUUUGCUGGGCAGCGCAGCCACGCAACGACAGCUAAGCAUCUCCAGCCCCACCAGCAUCGCCACACCCCUCUCUCUGGACACAGCCUACUCCAGUAUUUGGCAGGAUACACCUUGCAGCUUUGGGCUUACACCACGCUCUCAGGGAACCCCCCGUACUCCUUGCUUAUCUGCGACUCCUCUCUCGCAGGACUCUUGCUACUCCAGUCUUCAGGCGACUCCGGUCCUCCAGGGGGAGCCCUCCACCUACAGUGUUCACACACCUUUAAGACGUGAGCUCUGCCAUCGAAAGCCUGCGAGGUAUCACAGAGGAUCCAACGAAGUCGCAGAUGUCAACUUCAUUUUUAAGCAUUACCAACCACAGCCUCCUCUUUGUACCCCAACACAAACUAGCAGCCAGCAGCCUGCACUGUGGGGUCACAGUGCACCAUCCUCUACUCACACUAUUACAGAGCCUUCCUUUAACCUCGCGUCCCCCAGUCAGGAGUCCAGAGACGUUGUCAUCGCUGCCUCUAAGGCUUUACAUAGAAACAGUAACUCUUUCAGCAUCCUGGGGAUUCAUUUCACAGCUGACCGGCAGACAGCAGCAUCCUCCCCACCUGAUCACCAUGCAUGCAUAACAGACUUAUCUCCAUCUUCUGGUAACUGUUCUAGCAGCCCCAAGCCCGAGGUAGAGAGUUUGGACUCCCGCAUUGAAAGUUUGCUGAUAAACAGCCGGAGUAUCGACCCGUCAUACUUAGAUAGAAAGACUUUAGAGGUCGAUGUUCACUGUCAAGACAGCCCAACCUCACCUUGCUCCGCUAACGCCUCCCCUUUCUCAGACGACUCACUUCCAACUUCUUGUUGUGACUUCACAACGAGCCACCAGCGCUCCUACAAUGAUCCGGUGGAUGUCAGUUCAACGUCGCUCGUUGACAAUGAAGAGGAUGAAACCACUCAAGCUGUUUUGUUUCUAACGAGAAACUCCCAGCCUCCAUCUGACUCCGCACAUUUUCAACAAAGGGCUCACGUAAACAACGACGAAGAGGCAGAAAGGUUCCACUCGUUCUCACGUCCAAAGGAGCAACAUGCAGCAAAUGAGGAUAAAGAGAACUCAAACAACAGACCGUCCAAAGCUUCGACACCCACAAAACAGAUGUUCUCUCUCCCUCAGCCUCCGUCCUUUUCUCUCAAUAGCACCACUCAACUCCCUCCCUCCAGAGCUCCUCCUGCCAUUAAAUCUGGCUGCACCCAUCCACCAGUCACCCCUUUCCCUUUCCCCAUUCCUCCUUUCCCCCCAUCUAUUCCAGCUGUCCCACAUCGCCUGCCAAAUGGCACCAUCCCCAUCCCACCUCCAGGUUGGAUCCCACCUCCGCGCUAUCACCGCGGCAUCUCCUUUCCUCCUCCCGCUUUUCCACCUCCCUCUUCUAUUCCUCCCCCACCAACUUUUCUUGGACCCCCUCCAUCUUUGAUGGUGCCACCUUCUGUGCACAGGUACCACUCACCCAUGCCGCCUGCAGGCCCUUUGGAUAAGGGGAAUCCUGCAAGGCAUGGCGCCGCACCUUUACCUUUUUCCCGACCACCAUGGCCCGCUCCACCUUUUCCCAGGUUUAACCCCUUUGUGCCACCACCGGAUUACCUGCUUGUGCGGGAAAACCCUCAUAAGGUCACAGUGGAAAAGGUUUUAGAAGUCAUCAUGGAUGAACUGAGGUCAAUCAUUAAGAAGGACAUUACACGUAGAAUGAUCGAAGGGGUCGCUUUCAAGGCAUUUGAGGACUGGUGGGACUGUCAAGAGAAGAAAACAAAGAUACAAGUUCCUCCUUUGAAAAGUGGAGCAGCAAGUGUUGAAGAGAGGAGCAAACUAACAAAUCCCCUCCGUCACGUCGGUGCCCAGAGCAAAAAACCUCCACUGCCGUCCUUCAAGGUAAAAAGGAAAAGAGCCGAUGAUACUGCCACAUCAGAAGAGGCAGAACAUGUGUUGUGUUGUACUCAGGAAAGCUCUGAUGUGAAACAGGGGGAUGACGAAGGGAGUUUUGCAUCUGCCAAACGCAGACGAAGACCACAUGAGCUUGACAGUGAUGAUGAUGAUGAUGAUGAUGAUGAUGAUGAUGAUGAUGAAGGGAAUGACGAAGAUAACACACUUCAAGAUGAGGAAACAACAUCAAAUAAAAUGGAGGAUGUUGUGAUCGUUGAUGAUGAUUCUCAAAUCCUGAGUGUCAGAGAUGAUUAUGAAGAUGGUUAUCAUCCUGAGGAAGGAAAGGAGUUGGCCCACAAACACACAGGAGAAGAUGCUGUCAUCUUCCAAACUAGUGAUGCAGUGCAGCGCCGGGACAGCGAGGCUUUUACAGACGGCAGCUCCUCAGAGGAAAGUGAGCACUCGUCAGACUUCGACUCCUCUGACUCGUGCUCCUCAGAGAGCUUCGAGGACUCGUCCUACUCUGACCUCAGUCCGGAUGAUGAAGACAUGGAGGAGGACGGCGACAGGAGUGAGGAGUGUAUAUUUAUAUCGUCGGAUGAGGAGUCGAUGGAGCAUGAGCUCCCCGUCACCCCCUCAGCCCCGCUGACCCCUGGUGCUCAGCUGGAGCUGUGUCUGCAGGACUGGUCAGAUCCAUGUCAUAGGGAGGAAACUGAGGAGAACCAAAUGAUGGAGCUCCAAACCAGCGAAACCCUGGACCAUCUACUGCCCCCGUCACCUAUAGGACUUCCAGCAUCGGAGCCGCACUUUGAUGGAGAGACGGAGCGCUCUGAAUGGACAGAAGAGUCACUCGGGAACGUAGAAAACCUGAGGCCUCUCACUCCUACCGGCUGCUUGCUGGACAGUGACCCCGACCUUCUGAUGAGAAGCAAACCCACAUCCCCCGCUGUGGAGGAGCGACCACAAACACCAGGCAGGGGGAUAGUGGCUGAACUGGCGAGUGAGGACUCAGCUGAGGAAGUCCUCUCUUCAACAGGCACCAGGCUCGUUCUUGCUCCACAGGCUUCGUACCCAUCAUACCAGGAUAUGCCCAAGACUCCUGGUCGGGAGGAUAGACGUGGGUGGACUCAGUGCAGCUCUGGGAGAGCUCCAGUAACACCAGGCAGAGAGACGACCACAUCCGAAGGUAGCACAGGGAUGUGCCCACCUCCUUUGCCAUGCCUGUCGAGCAAUCCAUACAUCACAGCCCCAAAGACUCCUGGAAGAGACAUCAUCCUCCCCCGAAGAGCCAUAGUCCACAGGAGGAAAACGGUGACGACUUUACAGCCGAUGAUAUAUGAUUCUCUCGGAGGCUCGCCCGUCUCAGUGUCCUCACCAUGCAGCCUCUCUGAGUCUUCAUCUGACUCUGCCGAUGGGAAGGGCUUGUGGAUCAGUUCAGGUGUGAGAAUGAAGCCCUUGCAGGGACUGGAGAAUAUGCCUGGGCUUCUGAAUGAGGAGAACAUGAGAGAGACAGAGAAAUCCUUAUUAAGGAGAAAACAGUGGAGGAGGCGAAAGAGGAGGUGGAGAAUCCAUCAUUGGCGAAGAUCACUGAAAAGAUUCUCUGGUUCUCUCCCUUCUCACAGUCCUCCUCACAGGAGGCGUUCACUCUGUGAGGAGAGGAGGAUACUUCAUAGUGUUUGGAAGGAGGGCCUGGAUGAAGAAGAUGCAAAGCUGCUGCAGUGUACAUAUGAAAGGCUGCAAGUGCGGGAUAAUGGUUUUGGGUGGAUCAGUGACACCCUGUGGACACCUCACCCUCUGACUGAAGUCCCCACAGAGAAGAGUGAGGAACACCAAUCCUGGCAGCCACAUCACAGGACCGGCUCUGCUCGCAGUGAAGGAUUCUACAAAAUCAGCAGGAAAGAUAAAAUGAAAUACCUCAACAACACAAAGCUGGCCACCGAGCUUCCGUCUACAAGUACUCAGGGGAAGUGCAUCCCAGCCCAGCAACCGACCUCCCUGCGUGCUGGAUCUGACUUCAGGUCUGAGCAGCGACGCCUGCUGUCUUCAUUCAGCUGUGACAGUGACCUGCUCAAGUUCAACCAGCUGAAGUUCCGAAAGAAGAGGAUUUGUUUCAGCCGGAGUCACAUUCAUGAGUGGGGCCUGUUUGCAAUGGAGCCAAUAGCAGCAGAUGAGAUGGUGAUCGAGUACGUGGGCCAAAUCAUCAGACAGGUCAUCGCUGACAUGAGGGAGCAGAGAUACGAGGAGGAGGGCAUUGGAAGCAGCUAUUUGUUCCGGGUUGAUCAGGACACCAUCAUUGAUGCGACUAGAUAUGGGAACUUAGCCAGGUUUAUCAACCACAGCUGCAAUCCAAACUGUUACGCAAAGAUCGUCACUGUGGACUCCCAGAAGAAGAUAGUGAUAUACUCCCGGCAGCCGAUACGCAUCAAUGAAGAGAUCACGUACGACUACAAGUUUCCUAUUGAGGAAACAAAGAUUCCUUGUUUGUGUGGAGCAGAUAGUUGCAGAGGCACUUUGAACUAAUCUCUUAAUGAAGUGUCCGGAUUUAUGUCAAGAGCCAAAGUUGCCUGAUGUACUGUACAAUAUAAACACUGAAGACUUUUUAAUCCUGUUUGGAGGCCAUGCAGGAGCUCAUGAAAGCACUGCAGACGAGUGGAGGUGCAGCACUUAGGAACGGGACAGAGCACUUUACUUUAUCUGGCAUACAGUGACACUGUGCCACCUGCAAGCACCUGAUAACCACUGUUAAACUAAAUCCUCAUUGUCCAGUAAAACAUCACAAAACACCACAUUUAGUUGUACAUUUUAUGAGCACAUGGCAGCCACCGGUACACACAUUGCAAUUGUUGUCUCGUCCCACGUGGAGGGAAGAGCAGACGCUCCAAAUAUCGUGCAAAGAGCAUCUGUGACAAGGAAAUGUCUGUUGACCUUAUUGUCCAAACGAUAACAAACGUGUAUAGUUAAAUGUUUUCGUUUAUGAAAGCGUAAAUGGUGUUUUGCUUGAG